CCGCCCUCCGGUGGGAGGGCUUGAGCAAAAACGUCGGUAUUCUCGGAGCAGGCAGGUGGCCGCCUGUCGGGCGCCGAUGCCUAGGGCACCGACAGCGCGUGCCGCUCGAGGCCCGCCGCAGGGCCUGGGCCGGCCAUGCCGGCCAUGCCGGCGCCGCGCGAGCGCCGCCUCGAUCCGGGGCCGAGGGCGAGCGAGCCCCCGCCGUCGGCGGCGAUCGCGGCGCUCGGCGACGCCGCGUGGACGGUGACGUCCUUGAUGUCCCCGCGGAGCGCCAAGGCACUGGAGCUGGUCUCCCCCACGGUGCACGCGCUGCUGCUGCCGGCCUGCCAGCGCGUGGCGUGCGCGGCCGAGCUGGCGCGCCAGCUCCGCGCGCUGCCCUGCAGCUUCGGCUUCCCCCUGAGGCACCUGGGGCCCGAGGUCCUCCGGGAGGCACUGGCCGCGUUGAGGCCGCUGCGGCCGCUGCGGCGUCGGGAGCUGGUGGGCCACGACGCGGGCUGGGCGCCCACCGAGCAGGAGCCCUGGCACUUCCGCUCCCCCGCCGAGCUGCAGGCCUUCGCCGCCUGCGCGCGCGCGGCCGCGGCGGGGGCGCGCAGGGGCCAGGAGCCGGUGCUGCUGCUGGGGGCGGUGCUGCGCCGAGGCGCGGCGGCGGCGGAAGCGGAGGAGGGCCUGGAGCGCCUGGCCGUGCUGCCGCAGGGGCUGGAGUGGGCGGAGGGCCCGGGGGCGGAUCCCCUGCAGCUGGGGCUGCGGCUGUCGCUGGGGCCCGGGGACCACGCCGAGGUAGACCUCGAGCUGGGCUCGGGCGGCUGGUCGCCCUGGGCGGAGACCUGGUCGCUGCGGGACGGCACCCUGGGUGCCCGGAUCUGCGUGGCCGCCGAGCUCCCCGGGGGCGGGCGCGCAGUCAUCCGGCGCGCGGGCGGUUCGCUGGGAGCCCCAGACGCCUGCUGCUUCGACGAGGGCGUCGCUGCGCUCCAGGACGCGCUCCGCUGGGUCGACGGCAUCCGUGCGGCCGUCUGCGUGAGCUCCCUGGCUUGGGGGAAGGAUGCCCCCCCGUGGUGCCCCCCAGCAGUGCUGCGCGUGACCGCCGCCGCAGAGUCUGCCGCGGCAGCCCGGUGAGCCGCUGCCCUUCGGGCCCCCGGCGGUGCCCCCCAGCAGUGCUGCGCGUGCCUGCCGCCGCAGGGGCUGCCGCGGCAGCCGGGUGAGCCGCUGCCCUUCGGGCAGGAGCAGCGGCCGGGGCGUGCCGUCCGUGGGGCGGGCCGCCGUGUACAGAUGCCCGGUUCGAGAGACAGGGCCUCGCCCGUCGGCAGACUCGCCAUGGCUCGCCCAUGGCCGCCGCGAGGCCCUGCACAAACAGCGCA